ACUGCCAGAGGCUGUGCCCACACUGUCUAUCUCCCCUGUCCCUCCUCAUCAACCAGCGAAUCAACGGCCUUGCUGAGACUGGGUAGGUCCUAUCGGAGCCAUGGGUGAGGCUAAGGUCCUGCUGUUGGUUCUUCUGAUUGGUUGGGAGAAGUCGUUAUGUCUCAACUGGAACCCAGUCCCACGCAAGACGGUCAGAUACCAUGGUGAGUAGAUACAGGCCAUACCAUGUCUGCGCCUGAAAUGGAACCCUAUUGACCAGAGCCCAUAGGGAAUAGGGUACUAUUUCAGAUGCAGCCUAUAUUAACUGUUCACAGUCACUCAGUUUCCUGUUCUCCUGUUGUCGACUGUCUGUUUUAAGUCCAGCGGUCAAUGAAAAAACGAUAUAUAAUUUCAAAAGAGGAAGUAACUUACUUCUGCCUCAUUGUCACUCAUAUUCCACAUAACCACCUCACACCUUUAUUCUGUCCUUUCUUUUCCUCCACUUCCUUCUCUUUCUUCUCCUUUUUAUCUCACUCCUCCCUCCUUUCUUUGCUUUCAGCCCUGCUAAGAACCAAACAGCCUGUACUGUUUUCACAAAGACAUCACACUUCAGCUCCACUUAGCAAGACUGCUGUUAUAUAAAAGCAGCCCCCUUUUCUGUCGUCUUUUCUUAUUCCCAUCUUCCCCACACUCCUUUUCCUGUCCCUGACUCACACUCAACCGUCAUUGUUGGUGGUGAGCGGUGAGGGGUGUGGAUGGGAAUACAAUGGAAAAAACUAUCGACAAGCAGUCAAUACCAGCUUGAGAGACACUGCUAGCGGUAACUCACAACUCCUGCUCACUCAACUCUAGUCAAUCCACAGGCUCAUCCCAGACCAAUAAACAGACUUGGUAAACAUUCAACAGGCAAUGCAAACAGCCAUGCAGCACGCUGCAUUAGAGCGAGAGAGCGAGCGCAGAGAUAGCGAGAGAGAGAGAGAGCGACGAGCUGAGAGACUGGAAGAGAGAGAGAGAGAGAGAGCUCUCUCUAUCGAGAUCUAUAGCUCGCGAGCUCGAGCUCUCUCGAUCGUCCUAUAGCUAUAAGCUCAGAUCUAGAUAGAUCUAUCGCUCGCUCUCUCCUCGCCCUCUCUCUGCUCUCUUGACAAAUAGAGUUGAAAGAAAGAGAGACGAGCAUAGGACCGAAGCCGGGGGGAGCGCAAGCAGAGAGAAAGAGAGAGCAGAGAGAAAGAGAGGAGCAGGGAGCAGACUGCCUUAAAAGGACAGGAAAUAGCUUCACAUGAGCGAGAGGAGCAACGGAGUGAGAAAGAGACAGAAAAGACAAGGACACACAAAGCGCAGAACGUUUACAAAGUGUUUUAUGUCACGUGGAGCUGUCUCUCUGCACACGCAGAUCACAUAAACAUGAACUCUGUGUGUGGUGCGUGUGUGUGUGUGUGUUGGACCAGAAGUCCUCACCAGGAUAGUAAAACAAGGAUAAUUCGGACAAGUGACAUUUCGCCGGUCCCCACAAGGAAAAGGGUUAUUUUAGGUUUAGGGUUAAGGUUAGGGUUAGUUAAAGGGUUAAGGUUAAGUUUAGGGUUAGGGGUUAUGGAAAAUAGGAUUUUGAAUGGGAAUCAAGUCUUUGGUCCCCACAAGGAUAGUAAAACAAAUGUGUGUGUGUGUUUGUAUGCAGUUUGGUGUGAGCAAACGUGGGACAAUAAAGAGAGAGAGAGAGAGAGAGAAGAGAGACCCAGAGUGUGUGUAUGAAUAAUGCUUAGCCUGGCUGUGUGAGGGAUUUAGUACUCCCAGGCAGUUUGGGGUGGGUGGUGAUGAUGGGGGAAGGGGGGGAGAUCGGAGCAGAGAUAAUGUUUACUCCCUCUCUCCCCCCACCCAAGCCCAGGCCACGCCUCUAUAAUUAUGUGUGGCUUAAAGUCAUUUAGGUUGCGAAGGGGGAAAAACACAAACACUUUGAACUGCUUCUUCUCUCUCUCUCUAUUUCUACUUUCUACUAGUUUGUUUGAAAAGCCAGCAGGAUGCUUUGAUGCAGAGAAUGAGACUAAAACUUAAAAGGAAAAACCAAAGCAAAUGAGUGGUGCUGAUUGAACGAGAGAGAUAGAAUGAGGAUGUGAAGUGAGACCAUCCAGAAGAGGGAUGGGGGAUGGACUUUUUCAUUUCUUCUCUCUCCCUCUCUCUCUCAUCACUCUCUCUCUCUCUCUCCCCUUCGAAAGGGGGGCUCUCUCAUUCUCUCUCUCAUCUCUCUCUCUCUCUCUUCUCUCCUCUCUCUCUCUCUCUCUCUCUCUCUCUCUCGCCCACCAAUUACAGUAAUGAGUGGUUGGGAGGGAUGCACUCACUAACUGUAAGUCGCUCUGGAUAAGAGCGUCUGCUAAAUGACUAAAAUAAAUACAGAUAAUAGAUGGAUAAAGUUGGGGUGGGUAUGUGCGUGAUUGGGGGAGGACAGACAGAGAGAGAGAUACAUCAUCCAUCCAUCCAUCCACACACUAUCUGACAUGAGUGUCACUCACCCCCCACCUUCCAUCUCUCCAUCCCUCCAUCCUCCAUCUUCCACUAUGUCCUGAUUGAAUGGGAUUAAUAGUAUGGAGCAGAUGUGACCUAGAGUGGAGUAGAGGGGCUUUAAAUCGUAUUGUUCUGUAAACAGCUGGGGGUCUGUCACAAAACGGCUAUGAUUUUCAUAAAUCCAUCCACGUGCCGUUCUCUCUCUCUAGGCAGGUUGAAGUAGGCACUCUUAACCACGGCACUCUUCUUCAGAAAGGUCAUUUGUGGAAUAAAUCAACAACUCCUCCACUUGUCCUGUUGUUGUGUUAAUCCACUUUUAACAUUUCCUCUCCAUGUUUGCCCUCCCACUCCUCCCCCAUCUCUCCCAAUCCCCUUCAUCUCUCUCACCACUCCCUUUCCUAAUCUACAGCAAUUACACAGUGCUUCCCAUCUCCCUCUCUCUGCUCUCAUUCUGUCUCAUGCCUUGACAUUCAAUACAACACUCUGAAGUUUCCCUAGUCUCCUGAUGCAACAACUGGGUUUGCGUGUGUCUGUCCGUGAUACUAAUGUUUGUGUGUACGUUUAUCCCCAUGUGGGUACCUGACUUGAGGGAUUGUACCAGGAAUGAGGGAUUGUGUGUGUGUGUGUGUGUGUGUGUGUCUUUUGUAGUGGGUGGUGUGCUGUACAGUGUGUAUGUCUCCUUAUUUCUUGGUCUGUGUUGCUGCUUCAAAGAUCCUAAAAUAGCCCUUUAAUUAUAGUGCAGUGUGUGAGCUCCUCCAUGGUUAGCAACUAUAAGCAGACCCUGGCAGUAUUUAUAGUAAAGCACUCAAAGAAAAGAAGGAGCAUUAGCUUGCUGGAGAAGAGAGGAGAGGCUGGAGCAGCAGCAUACAUGGAGGCACAUCAGAGGAGAUCUAAACUAGUCCUGGAUCAGUCUUAACUGAGCCCUGCUCUCUGCUCCCUGGACCGCCUGGCCUGGCCUGCUUCUCUGCUGCUCUGGCCUCCCUCCCUCCUUCCAACAGACUGACCCUGAGCUCGCCCACAACGGCACACACAGAAACACACACACACAGAUACACACAGAAACACACACACAGAUACACAGAAACACACACACACACACACACCCACAUAACUAGAGCGGGGCAUCACAGAGAUGGGAGUAUAGAACUCCUUAAGUGUAGUGGCUAGCUAACAUCACAGGGAGACAGAGCGCUGGUGCUCUUGUUACCAUAGAAGCCAUAAAACUGACCUCGGCACAUCUCAAGAGUUCAGCUGUAGAGAGACACAGACCUCUGCUGCUUCACCCACAACCAACAUUUUAUGUGUUUGCAGUUUUCCCUUUUGUGUGUGUGUGUGUGUGUGUCUGUGUGUGUGUGUGUGUGUGUGUGUGUGUGUGUGUGUGUGUGUGUGUGUGUGUGUGUGUGGACGUGUUUAACUAUACUUUUGGGGACCAGAAGUCCCGACAAGAAUAGUAAACGAACAAAAAUCUGACCAACUGGGGACAUUUUGUUAGUCCCCACAAGGUCAAAUACUAUUUAAAUAAUAAAAUAAAAUAAUAUGCCAUUUAGCAGACACUUUUAUCCAAAGCGACUUACAGUCAUGCGUGCAUACAUAUUUUGUGUAUGGGCGGUCCCGGGGAUCGAACCCACUACCUUGUUGUUACAAGCGCCGUGCUCUACCAGCUGAGCUUUCUAGGGGGUUUAGGGUUAAGGUUAGAAUUAGUGUUAGAAUUAGGGUUAGGGUUAGGAGCUAGGUUUAGGGUUAAGGUUAGGUUAGGUUUUUGGGUUAGGGUUAAGGUUAGGGUUAGGGUUAGGGUUAAGGUUAGGGUUAGGAUAAGGGUACAGUACGGUAUGGGUACGGCUACGGGUUAGGUUUGGGGUUAGGGGUUAGGGAAAAUAGGAUUUUGAAUGGGACUGAAUUGUAUGUCCCCACAAGGUUAGCUGCGCAAGACUGUGUGUGUGUGUUUGUGUGUGUGUGUGUGUGUGUGUCUCAUCUGUUGGAGUCAUUAGAUCUUCUCUUUGCUCUCAUUUCUGUGGCAUGUUCCUCCUUCCCCUUUCAUUAUAUUUUCCCUUACUAGUACAGUCUCUCCUCUUAUGUUGUUACUUUAAUGUCUGGUAUCUGUUCAUAAUAACUGCUAAAUCAGACAAAGACCCCUCAUUCCACUGUAUUAAAAAUACCAAAAGAUUUUUGAGUGGAUUUUUCCUUUAAGGCCCCCUACCACGCAUACAGGCCUCAGGGUUGCCCCUGUGUGGUGACAGACGGGAAGUGCAGCCUCCCAUAACAGCAUGCAAUGACGCUGCCACUAAUAAUUGUAAACAACCCCCUUCAAGCUCUGCAAAACUUUCUGUGAAUGUGGAGAAACAUUAUUGUCACUAAGCAGGUACCCAGGAGGGUUGUUUGGCAGUGUGUGUGGCGGGGGGAAGGUUUGUGUGUGUGUAUAUGAGUGAGUGUGUUUGAGUGCACAACCGUUUAUGUGUAAGCACGCGUGUGUGUUUACAUGGGUGCAAGUGUGUGUGAGUAUGUGUGUUAUAGUGUGUGUGUGUGUGUGCGUGUCAACGGCAGACAUUUUCUGGCUGUGUAGAACCUAGCAGAUGUGCUCUGGGCUCCCUUGAGGAUGUCUCGUCUCCUCUCUUCUCGUCUCUCCUCAUCCAGCACACGCGCCCAUACCCUCCAACGUUUAUACGCUGCUGCUCUCUAGAUAAUAACUCUAGUUCCACCUGUAUUCCCUUCUCCCACCGCCUGUCCCCUCAAGUUUCCUCUACUUUCCUCCUUAUCCUGUCUUUCUAUACCUCCUUGCUCUGUUUCUCUCUCUCUCUCUCUCUCACACCCCCACCCCUUCCUCUCUCUCUGACUUGCUGUCCUCCACCCCACCACCUCCUAUAGUUCUGGUGUGUUGAUAUACCAUCAAACUAGGCCAGGAAGGAAGUCACAUGACGUGCCCACCAUAAAUCAGAAGUGAAGUCUCUUCCCCCUCCUGUAGGAUCUCAGGUUUUAUUUUUAGAGGAAUAGGAAUAUUAUUAUUCAAUUCAUGAUAUCACUUUACUGAGGCUUGCCUCAUUUUUCGCACAUGACUUCCCUUUGCUAAGAGCGAGACGUAGAGACACGACAGGGAACAGAGGUGUGGAUAAUGGAAACCAAACUGCAUUUGUGCUCUGUCAGUUUCUCCCUGUGUGUUUGUCUUUUACUGCAUUGUGUGUGUGGCUGUGUGUGUAUGUGUGUGGCUGGGUGUGUGUGGCUGGGUCUGUAUGUGUGUUGGGAGGGGUGUAUGUGUGCUUGGGCCUUUACCUGUGUCUCUGUGUGUGUACCACUUUGAUGAAAGAGAAAGUAAUCAACAUCACACUGGUGCUGAACUCCCAAUAUGGUUCCAAAGGUGCUUGAUUUGUGGACAAUACUUCGAUCUGCAAUGCCAUCAGGUCAAGACGUGUGUGUUUCUAACAGUAUUGACUAUGUAUGUGUGUUCCUCUACAGAGGUGCUGGACAGCAUGGCCAGGUUCCAGGCUCUAGGUGUGUGGAACUACACCAUGGUGACCCUAGCUGAACACGAGAGGGUUCUAUAUGUAGGAGCUAGAGAGGCCCUGUUCGCCCUGGACCCUAAUGACAUCAGCAGACAGCUACGACCUCAGGUAACUACACACAGACAGACACAUGCACACACACACACACACACACACACACACACACCUCAGCACAGCAGACACCAAUGACAGCUACAACCUUAACCCCAUAGACAUGCUACACGAGUGCAGUCAAUUUCUUGUGCAACAUUCCUUCACUUUGUUGUAUGGCAAUACAGUUUUCUGAUUCCGAUGCCGUCUGUUCAGUAGUGAAGGGGGAAGAAGGUGAUUACAUGAUUAUAGGAAUGUUAAUCAGUGUAAUUAGCCUCGUACAAUAAAGGCUUGGUAAAACGUCUUAACAUGCCUCUGUCCCUCUCAUCUCAUAUCCCACUCAGACAUAUACCAGCACUAUGGGGAUUGUUAUCUGAUUCAACAUUAUAAUGAGAAUGAAUUGGACUGUUGUGUGACUGAUGAUGAACAUGCAACAGUUCUGUGUUGUGAUCAUCCCAGUAAUUUGCAGCCCACCUGUUCACUGCUGCUCUGUCUACUGGGUGUAGAGGGAUGAUAGAGCCACUGGAUGCCACCUGCCCCACUAUGUCUUCACUCUGCACCUAUCUCAACAUCUGCCUUCUCCUCCCACUGUCCCUAUAUCCAUCUCUCUCUAUCUGUCUCUCUCUUUCUCUCUCAUCCAACUCUAUUUCUAUCUGUUACUGUCGCCGUCGCUCUCUUCCACUCAUCUCUCUCUCUCUCACUCACACAUCCCUCUCUCUAUUUCUCUCCCCUCCCUCUCUCUCUCCCUCUAUUUCUCUCUCUCCCUCAGAUUGAGUGGCCAGCACCACAGGAGAAGAAGAGAGAGUGUGCCACCAAGGGCAAGAACAACCAGGUACAUAUCCUAAAAAUUUCUGUUUACAUUUGAGUACCACCUUAGACUGAGUACCCCCUUAGACUGAGUACCCCCUUAGACUGUGUGAGUCGAUGGUUAUUGCUAUAAAUGGUUGAAUAGUAUGCUUCAGUCUCAGUCCCAUCUUUCCCCCUCCCACAGACGGAGUGCUUCAACUACAUCCGCUUCCUGCAGAGCUACAACCACACCCACCUCUACACCUGUGGAACCUAUGCCUUCCAGCCCAAAUGCACCUACAUCGUGAGUGGCUUUCAAUGGCCGGGCCCUGGUCAAAAGUAGUUUACUAUAGAGGGGAAAUGCUGCCAUUUGGGACAAACAAGGCCAACUUCAUCCCACUCCCUCUGUCAGGAGGUUUUAUUAGAGUUGAGCUGUCCUUGUGGUGGCUUCACAGCUAUCAGCACCACUGACAAGGUGUCAUGUCUCGUAUCUUCUAUCUGACGCUUCCACACCACAUCCUCCCUAAGGCUGAAUCCUCUGUGUCAAAGGAAAGAAUAUCCAAUGCCAACGAAGCCGUGGUAUCUGGCUCUAAAUGUGUUUGUAACGGUGAUAUGAUAAGACAGUGUGGUGGAUGCAGGGAGCGAGAACUGUGGUUCCUGUUACAAAUGUUGUCACGGACAGACAGAGCCCGGAGCUGUGUUAGACUGACCACUGACCACUUGUGUCUAUGCAUGUGUCCACAGAAUGCAGACCACUUUAGUCUCAACCCUGGCUCCCUUGAGGAUGGGAAGGGCAAGUGUCCCUACGACCCAGCCAAGGGCCACACAGGCCUCAUAGUGGGUAGGUCAUCUAUUCUGUUUUAUUCUAUUCUGUUUGAUUCUAUUCUAUGUGUAAGUGUUCUCUAAUUGUGCCUAUCCUGCCUGUCUCUGUGUCUCCCAGACAAGGAGCUGUAUUCAGCGACACUGAAUAACUUCCUGGGCACUGAGCCUGUGAUCCUGAGGAACCUGGGACAGCAACACUACAGCAUGAAGAGUGAAUACCUGCCGGCCUGGCUCAACGGUGAGAGAGAGAGAGAGAGAGAGAGAGAGAGAGAGAGAUGAGAGAGAGAGGAGAGGAGAGAGAGAGAGAGAGAGAGGAGGAGAGGGAGAGAGAGAGAGGAGAGGAGAGGAGAGAGGAGAGAGAGAAGAGAGAGAGAGAGAGGAGGAGGAGAGAGAGAGAGGUGUCAGAGUCUAUGGGAAAGAGUUGGAGAUGAGAAAUUAGAUAAGAAAAGGAGAGGAGAGGGUUAGAGGCUAAAAGGAGCAGAGAAGCAGUGAGAUGGAAAAAGCAGGUGAGAGGUGGAAAGAUGAGGUUAGAGGAGUGGACAGGAGGGAUACAUGAGAGAAGAGGGGUUAGAGAUAGAUAAGGGAAGGUGAGAGGGUGUAAGAUGAGAUGAGGUUAGAAGGUUAAAUAGUAGCGUAUUUGAGAGGAUGGGCGAUUAGGGGGAGUGGAAGUGGCAGUGUGUGUGCACAUGUGUGUGACUGUGCAGUCAUACAUGCGUGUUCAUGUCUCGUGUGUGUGUGUUGUCCCCACAGAGCCUGACUUUGUGGGCUCGGCCCUGGUGAGGGAGAGCAGUGGCAGUAAGGAGGGGGACGAUGACAAGAUCUACUUCUUCUUCAGUGAGAGAGCUGUAGAGCUGGACUGUGACACAGAGCUCACUGUGGCCAGGGUGGCCCGCGUCUGCAAGGUAGGCUACACGCAUACAGUACCAGUCAAAAGUUUGGACACACCUACUCAUUCCAGGGUUUUUCUUUAUUUUUUACUAUUUUCUACAUUGUAGAGUAAUAGUGAAGACAUCAAAACUAUGAAAUAACACAUAUGGAAUCAUGUAGUAACCAAAAAAUUGUUAAACAAAUCAAAAUAUAUUUAAUAUUUGAGAUUCUUCAAAUAGCCACCCUUUGCCUUGAUGACAGCUUUGUACCCUCUUGGCAUUCUCUCAACCAGCUUCAUGAGGUAGUCACCUGGAAUGCAUUUCAAAUAACAGGUGUGCCUUGUUAAAAGUUAAUUUGUGGAAUUCCCUCCCUUCUUAAUGUGUUUGAGCCAAUCAGUUGUGUUGUGACAAGGUAGGGAUGGUAUACAGAAGAUAGCCCUAUUUGGUAAAAGACCAAGUCCAUAUUAUGGCAAGAACAGCUCAAAUAAGCAAAGAGAAACGACAGUCCAUCAUUACUUUAAGAACUUUAAAAGUUUCAAGUGCAGUCGCAAAAACCAUCAAGCGCUAUGAUGAAACUGGCUCUCAUGAGGACCGCCACAGGACUGGAAGACCCAGAGUUACCUCUGCUACAGAGGAUAAGUUAAUUAGAGUUAACUGCACCUCAGAUUGCAGCCCAAAUAAAUGCUUCACAGAGUUCAAGUAACAGACACAUCUCAACAUCAACUGUUCAGAGGAGACUGCAUGAAUCAGGCCUUCAUGGUCGAAUUGCUGCAAAGAAACCACUACUAAAGGACAUCAAUAAGAAGAAGAGACUUGCUUGGGCCAAGAAACACAAGCAAUGGACAUUAGACCGGUGGAAAUCUGUCCUUUGGUCUGAUGAGUCCAAAUUUGAGAUUUCUGGUUCCAACCGCUGUGUCUUUGUGAGACGCAGAGUAGGUGAACGGAUGAUCUCUGCAUGUGUGGUUCCCACCGUGAAGCAUGGAGGAGGAGGUGUGAUGGUGUGGGGGUGCUUUGCUGGUGACACUGUCAGUGAUUUAUUUAGAAUUCAAGGCACACUUAACCAGAAUGGCUACCACAGCAUUCUGGUUUGCGCUUAGUGGGACUAUCAUUUGUUUUCAACAGGACAAUGACCCAAAACACACCUCCAGGCUCUGUAAGGGCUAUUUGACCAAGAAGGAGAGUGAUGGAGUGCUGCAUCAGAUGACCUGGCCUCCACAAUCACCUGACCUCAACCCAAUUGAGAUGGUUUGGGAUGAGUUGGACCGCAGAGUGAAGGAAAAGCAGCCAACAAGUGCUCAGCAUAUGUGGGAACUCCUUCAAGACGGUUGGAAAAGCAUUCCUCAUGAAGCUGGUUGAGAGAAUGCCAAGAGUGUGCAAUGCUGUCAUCAAGGCAAUGGGUGGCUACUUUAAAGAAUAUAAAAUGUAAAAUAUAUUUUGAUUUGUUUAACACUUUUUUGGUUACUACAUGAUUCCAUAUGUGUUAUUUCAUAGUUGUGAUGUCUUCACUAUUAUUCUACAAUGUAGAAAAUAGUAAAAAUAAAGAAAAACCCUUGAAUGAGUAGGUGUGUCCAAACUUUUGACUGGUACUGUACAUGGCUACACACACACACUCUCACAUACACACACACAUACACACACUGCCACCGGAACACACACACAAGCACACCACUCAAUCCUACUCUGGGUAGUGGUAGGUAACUGCUCACUUACUUUUUACACUGAGACACAAACACUUCCAACUCUCGUUUCACUCUUUCUUUACAGUCACUACCCUCACCCAGUUCUAUCCUUAUUAGGUAUCAAUAGUUAUCAGGAGAAGUUACGAGUUAUGAGCUCAGAGUUUGCCAUCCACUAUGAUUACAUCAUACAACCCGUUGUUUUUCCUGGUGAGGUCAAAGGAGUCUGGAUAAACCCUUGCCCGUAGACUACCUCUCCUAACUCUUCCUCUGUCUCUUCACAAGUCUAUCUGACCCUGUUCAUCAGUGUGAUCACUUUCUCUCCUUUACAAUCACUCUUCUCACCCAAUUCCAUCCUACAAUGGUAUCAAAAACCAUCAGCAAAUAUUCUGGAAGUGAACUGAUUUUCCCAUCCACACUGGCAAUAUGCCACCUCUCCUGAUUCCUGUCACCUGACUGACUCUUGUGUGUCUCUCCCUUCAGGGUGAUCUGGGGGGCACCAGGACCCUGCAGAAGAAGUGGACCACCUUCCAGAAGGCCAGGCUGGUGUGUUCUCUCCCCGAGCGACACGUCACUUUCAACAACUUGCGGGCAGUCUUCACCCUGCCCGGCCCUGAUUGGCGCACCACCACCUUCUAUGGCAUCUUCCACGCCCAGUGGUGAGUCACAAUAACACUACCGCCAGGGGGUUCGAUGUGCCAAAGAGAAUAGGCUCUCUCUCUCCAACUUAGCACUUUUACUAACACUGGGUUGGUGUGAAUUCUUAUUCUACAGUAUCUAAACUUUUCCAAUGCUUUUGAAAAUAUUAUAUUAUGCCCAGAAUUACAGUUUUACUAGCCUUGAGUCAGCUAACGUGUCUUCUCUGUGUAUAGACCUUUUGAAUUAUGUUAUUAUCUCCUAGUAAAGCACAACCAUCAUUAUAUAUCUUCAUAUCCUAUUUCAUACAAACAGACAAUGUAAAAUGACUACAGAAAUAACACUUUUGCUAAUAAUCUUAAGCCCAUCGUUUUGCUGUUCUCUCCCGUCCCAGGGGUGAUGUGGAUGUGUCAGCGGUGUGUCAGUACCAGAUAGGGGAGGUGAAGAAGGUGUUUGACGGCCCUUAUAAGGAGUACAGAGACGCGUCCCAGAGAUGGGGUCGAUACACUGGCACUGUCCCCAGCCCACGGCCCGGAGCGGUGAGUGAUGGAGGGAGGGAGGGUGAGGCGGGGGGGUAGAGAAAAAGAGAGUGAGCGGGGAGAGAGAGGGAGGGAUGCGGAGGAAUAGAGUGACUUGGACAGGGAGAGUCUGGAGAGUGAUCAGAGCCAACAAGCAAUGCCAGUCUGUCCCGCAACUAACAAUGUUCCUUGUUUCUUCCCCCCUCUCUCUCUCUCUCUCUCUCUCUCUCUCUCUCUCGCUCUCAUCCCUCUGUUCUCUCCUCUCUGUCUUGCCUCUCCUUUCUUCUUCACGGUGCAGUGCAUUACAAGCUGGCACAGGGAGAAUGGCUACAACAGCUCUCUUCAGCUGCCAGACGCCACCCUCAACUUUGCCAAGAAGCACCCUCUGAUGGAGGAGAAGGCACAGGCUCGCCCCCUACUGCUCACCAAGGGUAUCAACUUCACCCGCCUGGCAGUGGACCGGGUCAGCGCCCUGGACACACGGGCAUACAACAUGCUCUUCUUAGGCACAGGUAACUAUUGACAGGACAUACAAUAUGGGCUAAGAAUCUACCCACUGAAGAUGGUCGAGUUAGAAGUUGCCGCAGAUUCAGAAUAUUUCUUACCUUACCCCCAUUCCUAAGCUUAACCACAAUGGGGGAAACACAAAACUGACUGAAAUCAGUGUACUGUUUAAGAACUUCCCAUACGCAACAUAAAAGUAUAGGACCAAGACAGGUCCCAGAUUAACCCAUAUGCCCACUAAAGAUGCCCUGAACCACAGAUGUAGGAUCAGUUUACUUUACGCCCAAUCCCAAGAAAACGCUCAAGAAGACCCACAGUUUGCCUGAGAUCAGUGUUCAGGUGGUUUCAGAACUUCAUCCUACUCCCAUAAGAUUGUCUUACGUCAGAUAGCACGACGACUCCAGCUACAUGGCCAGUUGAAGACUGCAUGUGGCGUAGGAAGGACAAUGCCUGUCUGGAGACAAUGACUUUCAUAAAUAACAUACAGUACAUCCAACUACAGUAGCUGCUUCCCAUUAAGUAGCCUACUACUUAUAAUUCCACUCACUGCAGUGCAGUGUAGAGUGAAUCCCUGACUGUGCCUGCGGUGUGUUGGAGGCCCAUGACUGUCAGAGAGACGAUGGGCUCAGUAGUUUGGCAGGCCCCCUGCUGCCUUGCUUCACAGCACAAACUCAACGGGGCCCUUGGCACACGUACACACUGCCAAUUGGGCUGCAGGCUUGAUUAGCUAUUAACUGCAGGAGGAUGACAGCUGAUGCGGAGAGAACGGGUCUGGCGAGGGCGGUUAGAAAUGGAGGAUGGGAUUGGGGGAUUAGCCGAAAUGCUCUCGACACAGCGAGAGAGGAGCAUGAUACGUCAUGCAUGAUACAGCAUUUACGUGUUUGUGUGUGUGAGUGUUUGUUUGUACUUGUGUGUGUAUGUGUGUGUUGCUGCUCUGCUUUGUGCCAGGCUCCCGUCUGGUCCAGGGUCAGUCCCUCACAUUAUCCGUGACAGUUCCACUGUGGUGAGGGCAGGAGGCAGGGCAGGCUCAGCACACACAGCAGAUCUCUGCUCAUAAAAGCACCAUAAACACAGACAAACAUACAAUGUCACACCGCCGGCAGCAGCAGCUCAAUCGCCAUUCAAAGCAGGGGAUGUAAUCUUGAUCACAAUAUUACCCAAAGAGUAAACUACAGUACAAUAUUCUGAAAUGAUAUUCAUCUCUCUCUUCUCAUCCUACAUACUGCUUUCCUCUUUAUUCCCUCUUCUCUUUUCCUUCCUCUAUCUUUCUUCCUCUCCUCUCGUCCUACUCUCUUUUCUCUCUCCUCUACCAAUGCCUCCUCAUCCUCUCCUCCCCUCUUUCCUCUCCUAUUUUGCUCCCCCUCUCCUCUUCUCCUCUAGCGGAUGGCUGGUUACAGAGGGUAGUGAUCCUCGGCUCUGAGGCCCAUGUGAUUGAAGAGAUACAGCUGUUUGAUUCUCCCCAGCCAGUGGACAGCCUGACCAUCUCUCACACCAAGGUAACAAUCAACACUAAGUCUAGGAGUUUUCCCCAGCUCUACACAUAGACCAACAAGGUGUACUUGUUCAUCAAGCUGCCUCACACUACAGAAACAGGAGGUUGGCUCCUGCCCUAUGGGGCCGUUCUGAGUUUACUUACACAUAGACCAUCACUGGACCAAGAGUAUGCCCUGAUCAUGUGACCCAACUAGGAAAGACUCCGGGCCCUACUCAUCACCAUUGUCUGAAUGUCACCACUCUGUUUCACUGACAUUACACUCACAUACUGAUCCUUAUCUAAUUAAACCAGGCUUUUCCUGGCCAGCUAUUUCAUAACAAGCUUUGCUCUCUAGCCAAACAUAGAAAGAAGAGGGUAGGGAAAACAAAAUGUUAUUGUAAUUGAGAGUGAUUAUCCCAUUAUCUUUAUCUCCGCUGCCCUCUGUCUGACUUGUUCUUUUUCUGUUUCUCCCAUCCUCCCCUCCUAUCUCUAUCUCCUCCCUUUCUCUUUUUCCCCUCUUUCUCUCUCUCUCUCUCUCUCUCUCUCUCUCUCAACCCCCCUCUCUCUCUCCCUCUCUGUCUGCCUAUGUCUGCAGAAGUACUUGUACAUUGGCUCACGUUCAGAAGUGCUCCAGCUUCCCUUGGCUAACUGCAGCCGCUAUCAGUCGCAGCCAGACUGCCUUCUGUCCCGGGACCCCUACUGUGCCUGGGACAGUGAGGGUCGCGCCUGUGUCCGCAUCGACCUCCACCGCGGGUGAGCAUGUCUGCCUCUCCCCUCCACUCCCCCUCUGCCCCUUUUUAGUGGUUCUGCCUCCCCCUCUUCUACCUGCCCCCUUCUCUCCUCUGUCCCUGCUCAGUGGGCUGGGUCUACCUGUGCUUGCUCAGUGGGCUGGGUCUACCUGUGCUAGCAGCAGCUUAGUGGAGGCCAGUAGCAGAAGGUGGAGGCCAGUAGCAGUUAUUAAUGCCUGUUCUCUGUGCUCUCUGUUUCCACAGGUCUACCUCCUCCCUAUCCCAGGAUCUGAUGCUGGAGAGAUUCAGCAGGGGCAAAGCCAAGUUUGACAAGCCAGUGGCCAUCCCCAGCCCUGGUAAGUGGGAGAGAAACUGGACUGGUGGCCCCUUGUGGCAAUAGCUGAUCACUACAGUUGUAGUUAUUUUUGAUAGGUAUUGAAUGGAUUUGAAAGGGAAGGGGAAAGGGGGAUACCUAGUCAGUUGUACAACUGAUUGCAUUCAACUGAAAUGUGUCUUCCUCAUUUAACCCAACCCCUCUGAAUCAGAGAGGUGCGGGGGGCUGCCUUAAUUGACAUCCACGACAUCGGCGCCCGGGGAACAGUGGGUUAACUGCCUUGCUCAGGGACGACAGAUGUUUACCUUGUCAGCUCGGGGAUUCAAUCCAGCAACCUUUCGGUUACUGGACCAACGCUCCUACCCGCCAGGCUACCUGCCGCGAGCUUAGAAUUUAGUAAUUGAAUCAAGUUUAAUUGAGUUCAGUUGAACUAAGUGAAUUGAACUGAAUUGAGAUGAGUUGAAUUUAGAGUUCAGGAAUUAAACUUAUUGGCUAACACAUACCCUCUCUCUCUCCCAGACAACUCUCGACUGAGGAAUGUGACAGUAGUGGUGGAAUCAGACAUGGUGCUGCCCUGCCAGCUGGUGUCCAACCUGGCCCAGCCCUCCUGGCUCCUCAACGACCGGGAGCUGCAGCUAGGAGACGAGGAGGCCGGGGGGCCACGCUUCGACCGGGCCCUGAAGGCUCUGGUGGUCCCCAACGUGAUGCCGGUGCACGCAGGACGCUACGUGUGCUACUCGGAGGAGCAGGGGGUCAAGUUUCAGACAGAGCGCUACCAGGUGUCGGUGGUGGCCAGUUCUCCUGUGGUCAUGGCGGCCCGGGCCCCUGACGGCAGCAUGGGUCUGUUCUGGGUGAUGGUUAUCACCCUGGGGGCCGCCUGUCUACUACUACUGGUGGUAGCUUUGUAUCUGAGGAGGCGUCUGAAGCUGGCCCUAGGUAAAGGAGCGGACAUGAAGCCCCUGGAAAGCACCCUGGUCUACCCCAUCACCCUGCCCAAGGAGCCACCCACCUUCGUGCCCAGCAAGAUGCCCAGCGACGAGGACCGCUUCUGGGAGACGGGCGCCAACUACUACUACUCAGACGGCUCGCUGAAAAUCGUUCCCGGCCACGCCCUGUGCCCCAGCAGCCAGUCUCACCACCACGCCCCCACGGCGUCUCCCAGCGCCAUCCCCGGCCAGCCCAUCCACUCCCCCAGCCGGCUCAGCCUCACCAACAUCAGGGGCUCUGGCAGCAACGGCUACAUCCGCCUCAACCUGAGCUCGGCCGGGGAGGAUAGGGUUAGCGGGGGUGGUUCUGGUGGAGGAGGGCUGGGGCUGGGGCUGAGCGGGGGCGGGAACGACUAUUCCAGCCCUUUCAAGGAGGAGCUGCGUCGGACCCUGCAGCAGAGGAGCGUGCUGCCUGAUGCCAACCCUGAAGAGUCGUCUGUGUAG